AUCCUGUCCUGCUGCUCUCAGCAGGGGGCAGGGGCACCAAACCCAUAUCAGACUCACUGAGGAACCCUGACAAAGAGGAGACACCCCAUAUGCUACACUCACAAGAAAACGUGGGAGCACUCAGAGCUUUGACAGUUCUAGGCUGGUCAGCAUCUCAAGCCCUCCCAGGAUCUGUUGCCCUAGCCAGGCAGGCUUUUCCUUGAAACCUGAUUAAAUGGUCAUUAUUCCUGUCACUUGCAGGAUAGAUUCCAGACCCUCUCCCUCGGCCCACCUGUGCCCCACCCCACUCUGCCCAGAAGUGCAAGAGCCCAAGCCGCCUCCAUGGCCCCAGGAAGGAUUCAGGGGAGAGGCCCCACACAGGGAGCCACGCCAACCAGACAGCCUGGCCAGAAUGGAGCUGACUGAACUGCUCCUCGCGGUCAUGCUUCUCCUAACGGCACGACUAACUUUGUCCAGCCCGGCUCCUCCUGCCUGUGACCCCCGACUCCUAAACAAACUGCUUCGUGACUCCCAUGUCCUUCAUGGCAGACUGAGCCAGUGCCCAGACGUUAACCUCUUGUCCACACCUGUCCUGCUGCCUGCUGUGGACUUUAGCUUGGGAGAAUGGAAAACCCAAACGGAGCAGACCAAGGCACAGGACGUUCUGGGAGCAGCAACCCUUCUGCUGGAGGGAGUGAUGGCAGCACGGGGACAACUGGGACCCACUUGCCUCUCCUCCCUACUGGGACAGCUUUCUGGACAAGUCCGCCUCCUCCUUGGGGCCCUGCAGGGCCUCCUUGGACCCCAGCUUCCUCCACAGGGCAGGACUACAGCUCACAAGGAUCCCGAUGCCAUCUUUCUGACCUUCCAACAACUGCUCCGAGGAAAGGUGCGUUUCCUGCUGUUUGUGGUAGGGCCCACCCUCUGUGCCAAGCGGGCCCUACCCACCACAGCAGUCCCAAGCAGUACCUCUCUAUUCCUCACACUGAACAAGCUCGCAAACAGGACUUCCGGAUUGUUGGAGACAAACUCCAGUGUCUCAGCCAAAACUACUGGCUCUGGACUUCUGAAGAGGCUGCAGGGUUUCAGAGCCAAGAUUCCUGGUCUGCUGAACCAAACCUCCAGGUCCCUAGACCAAAUCCCUGGACACCUGAACAGGUCCUUGAAUGGAACUCAUGGACUCUUUCCUGGACCCUCACCCAAGAACCUAGGAGCCCUGGACAUUUCUCCAGGAACUUUGGACAUGGGCUCCCUGCCACCCUACCAUCCGCCUGGAGACUCUCCUUCCCUGACCCAUCCUUCAGCUGGACAAUACACACUCUUCUCUUCUUCACCCAUCAUGCCCACCCCAACGGUCCAGCUCCAAGCCCCACUUCCUGACCCCUCUGGUAUCAUGCUCAACUCUCCCAGUCCUCAUCUAAUUGCAGCCCACUCUCACUUGCAAAAUCUGUCUCAGGAAGAGUAAGGUACUCAGGCACUGCCAACCAUCAGCAUCGUCUCCCAUGUAAAAUCCCCUUACCCGGAGGAGAGGCCCCGGGGCACAACUGCAGCUAUCCCAGAUUUCCUGCUCUCACCUGACACCCAAAGCCCUGGUAAACAGGGAUACACAGGACAGAAAAAGGGAUCAUUUUUCACUGUAUAUUAUAAAACUUUAGAAGCUAUUUUUUUAAACUAUCAAGAAUAUUCACCAGAGCAGCUAAUUAUCUUUGGUCUG